GCCCCAGGGCUGCGCCUUUAACGCCGCCGCCCACCGCCACAUCCUGCCCGCCCAGAGCCCUCCUUCCGCCGGGACGAGCCGCGCCGAACCGCGCCGGGCCGUGCCGAGCCGGGCAGGGCCGGGCGGGGCGGUGGCAGCUUCCGUGCGGGGCGAGCGGGAGCGGAGGCAGAGGUAGCGCUGCCGGUGCCCAGCCAUGAUGCCCUUCGGGGGGAUCGCUGCCCGGCUGGAGCGGGACCGCCUGAGAGCCGAGGGGGUCGGCCAGCACCACAACGCCAUCAAGUACCUCAACCAGGACUAUGAGGCCCUCAAACAGGAGUGCAUCGAGAGCGGAACCCUCUUCAGGGACCCCCAGUUCCCAGCCGGCCCCUCCGCCCUCGGGUUCAAGGAGCUGGGGCCGCACUCCAGCAAGACGCGGGGGGUGGAGUGGAAGCGCCCCUCGGAAUUAGUGGGUGACCCUCAGUUCAUCGUUGGCGGUGCAACCCGGACGGAUAUCUGCCAGGGGGCUCUGGGUGACUGCUGGCUUCUGGCUGCCAUCGGCUCCCUCACGCUCAACGAGGAGCUCCUGCACCGCGUGGUGCCCCACGGGCAGAGCUUCCAGGAGGACUACGCCGGCAUCUUCCACUUCCAGAUCUGGCAGUUCGGCGAGUGGGUGGACGUGGUGGUGGAUGAUCAGCUGCCCACCAAGGAUGGGGAGCUCCUGUUCGUGCAUUCAGCGGAGUGCACCGAGUUCUGGAGUGCUCUGCUGGAGAAGGCCUAUGCCAAGCUGAACGGCUGCUACGAGGCACUUUCAGGAGGCAGCACCACCGAGGGCUUUGAGGACUUCACCGGCGGCGUGGCGGAGAUGUACGACCUCAAGCGGGCGCCACGCAACAUGGGCCACAUCAUCCGCAAGGCGCUGGAGAGGGGGUCCCUGCUGGGCUGCUCCAUCGACAUCACAAGCGCCUUUGAUAUGGAAGCGGUGACCUUCAAGAAGCUGGUGAAGGGCCAUGCCUAUUCCGUCACAGCCUUCAGAGAUGUGAACUACCGGGGUCAGCAGGAACAGCUCAUCCGCAUCAGGAACCCCUGGGGUCAGGUGGAGUGGACGGGAGCCUGGAGCGAUGGCUCCCCCGAGUGGGACAACAUCGACCCCAGCGACAGGGAAGAGCUUCAGCUGAAGAUGGAGGAUGGAGAGUUCUGGAUGUCUUUCCGGGACUUCAUGAGGGAGUUCUCCAGGCUGGAGAUCUGCAACCUCACACCAGACGCCCUCACCAAGGACGAGCUCAGCAGGUGGCACACGCAGGUGUUCGAGGGCACGUGGCGCCGGGGGAGCACUGCUGGGGGCUGCAGAAAUCACCCAGCCACGUUCUGGAUCAACCCCCAGUUUAAGAUCAAGCUGCUGGAAGAGGAUGAUGACCCUGGGGACGACGAGGUGGCCUGCAGCUUCUUGGUGGCCCUGAUGCAGAAGCACCGGCGGCGGGAGCGGCGAGUGGGGGGCGACAUGCACACCAUCGGCUUCGCUGUCUACGAGGUUCCCGAGGAGGCCCAGGGCAGCCAGAACGUGCACUUGAAGAAGGACUUCUUCCUGCGAAACCAGUCGCGGGCGCGCUCCGAGACCUUCAUCAACCUGCGGGAGGUGAGCAACCAGAUCCGUCUGCCCCCUGGCGAGUACAUCGUUGUGCCCUCCACCUUUGAGCCGCACAAGGAGGCCGACUUCGUCCUGCGGGUCUUCACCGAGAAGCAGUCGGACACGGCGGAGCUGGACGAGGAGAUCUCUGCAGAUCUGGCAGAUGAGGAGGAAAUAACCGAGGAUGACAUAGAGGAUGGCUUCAAGAACAUGUUUCAGCAGCUGGCAGGAGAGGACAUGGAAAUCAGCGUCUUCGAGCUCAGGACUAUUCUGAACAGAGUCAUCGCUAGACACAAAGACCUGAAGACAGACGGGUUCAGCCUGGACUCCUGCCGCAACAUGGUCAACCUGAUGGAUAAGGACGGCAGCGCCCGCCUGGGGCUGGUGGAGUUCCAGAUCCUCUGGAACAAGAUCCGGAGCUGGCUGACGAUCUUCCGCCAGCACGACCUGGAUAAGUCGGGCACCAUGAGCUCCUACGAGAUGCGCAUGGCACUGGAGUCAGCUGGUUUCAAGCUGAACAACAAGCUGCACCAGGUGGUGGUGGCCCGCUACGCAGACGCCGACAUGGGCGUGGACUUCGACAACUUCGUCUGCUGCCUGGUCAAGCUGGAGGCCAUGUUCAGGUUCUUCCGCAGCAUGGACCCCGAGGGCACGGGCACCGCCGUCAUGAACUUCGCCGAGUGGCUGCUGCUGACGAUGUGUGGCUAGGAGCCAGGACUGAUCCGCUGUGCCUAGGACACCCCGGCGGGCCAGGCCCCCUCCAAGUGCCUCCCUUCGGGUCCGGGGCCACAGGACAAUCUCCCUCCCCUCGCUCCGUCCCACGCCAAGCCACCAGCCCUGCCUCCCAGUGAGCCUCGCUCCACCCGCGCCCAUGGAGCAUUCGGCGUGGGGAAAGGCGGGCAGGGGACGCCCUUCUCCUCUUCUGGGCUGGGCUUGUUUUCCACCUCUCCCCUCCUCUCGUCCCACCCCAGAAGAGGAGGAGGGCAAGCAGGAGGGGGUGCCUGGAGGUCACCGCACCUAGCUUCGGAGGCGAGCGAGGGAGGGAGGGGGAAAGCUGGGGCCAGCUGCCCAGAAGGGAGAGGAGCUGUGGGGGUGAGAGGGAGGGCUUGUGUCGCCCGCUCUAGUGCUGUCCUAUCCCCUCUGGCACGCGUUACCUGACCCCUUGUGCAUGCCAGGGGGCAUCAGCAGGUGCUGCCUUGCUUGGGCAGGGGCAGCCAGGUCCUGGAAAACCAGGGCUGCCCUGCUGGGGAAGUCAGGCCGUGGGGAGGAGGAAGGUCUGCGCUCCCUGAAGCCCUUCCCUUGCACUCCUCCCUGCUAAGAACGACCAAAGCGUGGAGCCCUGGCUGGUCAGCUUCCUCCAGCCGAGGCUGCUUUCUGCGUGGCCUUCACCAUCUCCCUCCCACCUCCCCGCCCUCCGCCCCGCUUUGCCCCAUCACGUAAGCCCUGAAUUUCUGGGGGCUCCCCCUCCACGUAGCACGGCACGUGGGGCUCCUCUCCUCCCACGUGGGCACAGCCACGCAGCACAGCCAUGCCCCCACCCCAGCCUUUCCCCCAGGGCUGCCCUGGCCUCUCCCCCUGCUGCUGGGGAUGGUGGGGUUGGGCUCCUGCCCCCCAGCAGGGCCGGGGAGGGAACACAAGGGGGGGUGGUGGUGGUGGUGGUGGUUCGGGGCGUUUCUCCAGCACACAGUUGUUGGUUUUCCCCCUUCUUCUCCCUCAUCCUCUCACCCUCCCCUCCCCUCUUCCCCUGGGUUCCUCCACCGAGCACACAGAUCACCUAGAUGGCUCCAGUGCCACUAUAUUUGCACUUCUCCGUCCUCGUCUUCUCCUGUGUGGGAAGGGGGUGGCUCCAGCAUGGCGGUGGGCGAGGGCCCAUCCGAGGCAGGCAGGCCAGUCGGCUGCCCCCCGACCCGGCGGCCCCGGAGGACGAGCUUGCAGCAAUAACCACUGCUGCCGCCCGGCAGCUCCGCUUCCUCGCCCCGCUGACCCUGCUCCGGGUAAUAAAACGAGCUCCGUUGGA